AUGGCUACUGAAGGGUCCGACUCUGUGCUCGGCGCGGUCGAGGAGGACGUUGCGCGCGAGGUCGAGCAGUGGCGCGAGCUCCUCACGUCUCAGGACGAGUUCGUCGCCAACCUCCUCGCGAACAAGCUCGCCCUGCAGAACCGCCUCGAAGAAGUGCGCAAAGAGCGCAAAGACCUCGAGGCGUCCACCGUAACGCAGCAGGAAGACCGGGAGGAAGUCGCGAGGCUCGCCAGGCUCCGUGAACUCGAGGACGAGGUCGAAAAGUAUCGCAACGAGUACCAAGACCUCAACAAGGCGAUCGACGAGGACCAGUCGAGGCUUGCGUUCCUCGAGAGUCAGAGGAAGGAGGCUGCCGAGAGGAGGGAAGAGGCGAAGCGCGAGUCGAAGCCUGGGCGCAAGACGGUCAGGAGGGUCGGUCCGCCCGUCACGCUCGUCCUGAUCAACGGGUCCGUCGCUCCUUUCGCCGACAAGCUGAUCCAGGCUGGCAAAGAUGGCGGAAAGAAGGCGUCCGAAAUGCUUCGCAACGAGGUCCAGCUCGACCGCGGCACGGCGGUGGAGAGCGAGAGCGAGGUCAUGGUCUGGGUCUGGUACAACCGCCAGGACCUCGUCGCGAGGCUUCAAGCGGACAGGGUCAUCACCGUCCCGUCGACCUGGCACAACUUCUCGCAAGGUUUCGCCCGCAUCGUCGGCAACAUGCUCGUCGACGUCGACCGCAACUCGGUCGCCGAACACAUGACGGCGGUCCUGACCAAAUUCGGCUUCAUGGGCAACGUCGAGAAGAUCUACGUCGCGGGCGUCCACCCGGGCAUGACCAUUCUCCCCCUCGUCCCGCAAGACGAGGAGGGUUCGCCGGAGGAGCUCGACAAGGCGUUCGAGGAGGUCGUCUUGCCGAAGCUCGUCCUCAUCGACCACCGCCCGAACGAGGAGAAGGAAGACCUCGGCGGUCCGACCGUCACCUUUGCCGGCCUCUUCGACAGCUCGAGCAGCCGCCCGAUCGUCCCGCCGCUUCAGACCGGUGCAGCUCAGCCGUACGACUACCCGGCCGCUGCUUCAGUUGCAUCCGCUCCCGCAGCUUCGCCUCGUUGUGCCCCAAGUUCGGCGGGCUCGUCUGACUGGCAAGAAGUCAAGAGCGGCAAGAGGACUGCGGGUGUGAAGCUGAGAAUCGAUCCGAACAAGGGCAUGCUCCACCAGGACGAGAUGACGGCAGGUCAGCUCCGGCGGUUCCGCGAAGACGUUGCUCGCUACCCUUGCGCCGACCUCCGCAAGACGGGUCGCUGCAAGUGGGAGCAGACGGAAAAGGAGCCGUGCAUGUUCUCCCACGAUCCCUCGUCAUGGCGCAAGUGGUGA